CUACAAAGAAGUCUUCCUACACAUACAAGACUGAAUAUGCCCUCCGAAUCUAUCCAGUCCUCCGCUCCAAGGCCAACUGUGGUCAGGAAAAAAGAGACUCUUGAAUUAAGAAAGACAAUGAAACCUUUGAUGGAAAAAAGAAGGCGAGCCCGUAUCAACGACAGCCUCAACCACCUGAAGACUCUGAUACUUCCUCUCACUGGCAAAGAUCAUUCAAGGCAUUCGAAGCUUGAGAAAGCUGACAUCCUUGAGAUGACGGUAAGGUUCCUCAGUGACCUUCGUGCUGCUCCGGAAAAAAGUACAUCAGAUGGCUAUAAAGAUGGGUACAAAGCCUGCAUGCAACGGGUCACCGGUCUGCUCCCCGAAAUGAACCUGGACAAAGGCGCGUGCCAGUCGGUGAAUGAGUUCAUCAGACAGUGCACGUCUCCAUCUUUCAACCCAGCUUGUCUGAACUGUUGCGCCAAAAGCUCCCGAUCUUUCCCCAGUAUUCAACAGAGACUCCUGAGCUUGAAAGCCGACGUUGGCUCUAGAAUCGAGAGCCACUCAAACUCCCUCCCGAAUCGGCCACAAGCUUCCAAUGCUAUGAUGUGGAGACCCUGGUAGAUUCACAGGCCAUAAAGCCAUGGUUAAUUGUGUAUGCACAUGUCAGGAAAACGUAUCUUGUCUAUGUGUUUUUAUUACUAGGCUAUAGAGAUGCAUGUGUUGUCACAUUCCCUGUUGAUGAAAAGCUAUAAUUCAUCGUUAAAUCAUUUGAGUUAAGUAUUAUAUACUGAAGUACGCACAGGCAUUCCCGCCUGUAAAUUUGAAGAUAUGAUCUGCAUAGAUUGUUUUUGCUAUAUUUAGACCUCUUUGUGGGGUUAAAGGGCCAGAUAAAACGCCCCUGUAAACCCAAAGGGUUAUUAUAUGUAUGUAAUUUGCACUUUAGACUUCAGUAUCCUGGGUCUGUGCGGAUAAAAAAUAUGUAAACACGUUGUGUUAUUAUGUUACUGGACAACAUCACAUGCAUUUUAUAAAUGUAUUUUAAUAUAGU